CCACUUAGAAGAUCAAAGGUGACUUCAGGGACCUCUGUCUUCUCUAGGGCAGGAUUUGCCAGCCCUCAGUCACAGCCUGUGUCAGAGUGGUGUAUCCCCCAGUGGGAGUCAGGAGCAGCCAUAGCUUGUGGUGGACCUGCUGUGCUCGGACCACCUUAUGGUGGUGCCAGUGUCUCGCUCUGUGUCCAGGCAAGGUGAUGGACAGCAGAGCAGAGAUGGAGGUUGUGAGAAGCACAAAAGGGAAUGCUGCUGGGGAGGUCAGCGUCCACGUGGUCACCACCGAGAGCACUGUGCAGAGCACCCACCUGCCAACGACUGCCUUCAUCAUACCAGCAAAUGCCACUACCAUCAACCUUCCCACGAGCACCUUAGAGAUUCAGCGAUUCCCCCGGGAGGCACAGAGAAGCACAGGGGCCGAGAGGCCAGAAAGGGGAGCAGGGAGCGAGCCCAUCACAGCCACUGUCAUCCCCCAGAUCAGCGGGGUGCAGGCCUGCAGCACCGUUCGUGUGCUGGAGUGGAAGGAUGGGGUGGCUACUUUGCCUGGGAGUAACCUGCGGUUCCGAAUAAAUGAGUACGGGACACUGAAGGUGGUGAGUGCUGAUAAGCUGCCUCCAGUGGAAGCUGUCAAGGAGGGUCACACAGAGAAAGAUGGGGACUCGGAGGUGGCACCCACCAGCAGGGACAACCCUACUGCGGCUCAGGACGGGCCAGAGCAGACCAAGCUGCCAGCAGCAGAAAGUAUGUGCUACUGUGAUACCUGUGGUCGGAGACAUGAGUCGGAUGGAGCCCGGGAAGGCAGGGGCUUCUGCAGCGAGCACUGUCACCAGCAGUUCAAAGAAAGGUCCGUCAUUGUGGAAAACUCUGCCAGCAGCACCAAUGCCACCGAAAUCCUCAAGCCAGUGAAGAAACGAAAGAGGAAGGACUACCAGAGCCCUUCGGAGGAAGAAUAUGAAUCUGAGCAAAUGGAGGAAAAGCAGGAAGAGAGGAAAAGCUCUGUGGGAGACGCUGCCAUCAGCAGUGCAGAGGCUGAUGCCUGGAACGGGAGCCAGCAUGGUGCCAGUGAGGAGAAGAAAGAAGGCUGGUCUUGGGCGUCCUACUUGGAGGAGCAGAAAGCUGUCGCUGCCCCUUUAGAUCUCUUCCAGGAUUACCAAGUAGCUUCCCAGCACAAGAAUGGCUUUAAAGUGGGGAUGAAGCUGGAGGGGAUCGAUCCGCAGCACCCAUCUAUGUACUUUAUCCUGACAGUGGCUGAGGUGUGCGGUUACCGGAUGCGCCUCCACUUUGAUGGCUACUCUGAGUGCCAUGAUUUCUGGCUGAAUGCUGACUCCCCCGACAUCCAUCCCGCUGGCUGGUUCGAGGAGACGGGGCACAAACUCCAGCCACCAAAAGGGGUUGUAGGUUAUAAGGAAGAAGAAUUCAGCUGGACAAACUACCUGAAGAUAACAAAGGCUCAGGCUGCUCCUAAGCACCUCUUCAUGGUCCGAAACACUCACGAGGCUUCCCCAGGCUUCGAGGUGGGCAUGAAGCUCGAAGCUGUGGACCGCAUGAACCCUUCCCUGAUCUGUGUUGCCACAGUGACUGACGUGGUGGACAAUCGCUUUUUGGUGCACUUUGACAACUGGGAUGAUACUUACGACUACUGGUGUGACCCCAGCAGUCCAUACAUCCACCCAGUUGGAUGGUGUCAGGAGCACGGCAAACCCCUCACACCUCCUCAAGAUUAUCCCGACCCCGACAACUUCACCUGGGAAAAGUACUUAAAGGAAACCGGAGCAUCUGCUGUCCCAGCUUGGGCCUUUAAAGUGCGCCCACCCCAUGGCUUCCUGGUCAACAUGAAGCUGGAGGCAGUGGACAGGAGGACUCCUUCCUUCAUCCGAGUGGCCAGUGUGGAGGAUGUGGAAGAUCACAGGAUAAAGAUACAUUUUGAUGGCUGGAGCCACGUCUAUGAUUUCUGGAUUGAUGCAGAUCAUCCGGACAUCCACCCCAUAGGCUGGUGCUCAAAAACUGGACACCCAUUGCAGCCUCCUCUCAGGCCAAAGGAACCAGCCUCCUCUGCCCACGGGAGCUGCCCAACUCUGGGCUGCAAGAGCAUCCCUCACACCAAGAGCUCCAAGUACAGCUUUCACCACAGGAAGUGCCCCACGCCGGGUUGCGACGGGUCAGGACACGUGACUGGGAGAUUCACGGCCCAUUACUGCCUCUCAGGGUGCCCGCUGGCUGAGAAGAACCAGGGCAGGCUCAAGGCGGACCUGUCUGACACCGAGGCCUCCACUCGCAAGAGGAACCUGAUGGGCUUCCCUCAGCGAAAGAAAUCCCGGCACCACGGGAGAGGGCGACCUCCAAAGUACCGGAAGAUCCAGCAGGAAGACUUCCAGACUAUUUCUUCAGACAAUAUGCACCAGUCGCUCUUCAUGUCUGCCCUGUCUGCCCACCCCGACCGCUCCCUGUCGCUCUGCUGGGAGCAGCACUGCAAACUCCUGCCAGGGGUGGCUGGCAUCACAGCAACUACGGUGGCCAAGUGGACCAUUGAUGAGGUCUUUAGCUUUGUUCAGACUCUGACGGGUUGCGAGGACCAAGCCAAGCUCUUCAAGGAUGAGAUGAUCGAUGGCGAGGCAUUCCUCUUGCUGACACAGGCCGACAUCGUCAAGAUUAUGAGUGUCAAGCUGGGCCCAGCACUCAAGAUCUACAAUGCCAUCCUCAUGUUCAAGAACGCUGAUGACACCUUAAAGUGACUUUUCUCAGCCCCGAUGGGGACCCUCCCUCAGCACCGGUGCUGCCAAACUAUCUGGUCAGGACAGCAGCUCCCCCCAACUGAUCGCAGCUUGUCAUGUCCUGCUCAUGUCUCCUUGGGUGCCACAUCUCCUCCCUCCAACCGGUCCAUCUCCCAUCCUCUCCCCUCCACGCUGCCCCUCUCCUCCAGCGCUGGGUACAGGCUGAUCCCCAGCCCCGGGGGUGGCUGCAGGGAGGGAGGGUGGAUGUGGGCCCAGCCCACAUGACAGCCGGCCCCCACAUCCUGCUGCGGCUGCACUGACUCGGGGGGGGGAUGCUGAGGGGGAGCAGUGUAGCAGCCGGAGGCUGUCACCACCACUGAAGUUACCCAGAUAUGGGAAGGGACUGGCUGCCUGCCUACGGGCUUGCACCCGUUUAAAGGCUGGUCUUGGCUUUUCCAUUUUUUGUGUUCCUUGAUUUGUUCCUCUGGGGGGAGCUUGUGUUAACGUCAUUGCCAAGGGAUGCUCUCAAGGAGCUCCUGCUCACUUUGCCUUUUUCUCUGAAUUCCUGUGGCUUUCCCUUUUAAGGCCAGAUGAUGACUUUGCUUUGCCCCUUUGCCGUACUGUGAACCUGUGGCCCACCUCUUGUCCCUUCCGGGGCGCGAUGUGUCCUGGCUGCUGCUCUGCCCAUGACCAGCCUCUGUGCUUUAUUCCUCUUUACUGUAAGGCAGCAGCCCCAGGGCUGGGGGGUGCAGAACAAGCUGUUUCCUCUUGCGCUUCAGGCUGCUUUGGCUGCACGUCUCUGGGAAGAAGGAUGCUCUCUUAACUCCUUCCCCUUGCAGCAAUUAAAAAAUCCGCUGCAAAGGAGAGUCGGGCCCUCUUUGCUCCACGUAUGAGGAGCAAGGCCCUUUCCAGAGCAGAGGCAGCCGAGGAUGAGAAGCAUCCAUUUCUCUGUGGGCAGGUUCACAGCUCACCUGUGAAGGCACUCCUGAGUUGGCUGACACAAUUCUGCUGAGCCACCUUCUCCCCCUUUUUUGUCCUGGAGAAGCCCCUAAGUUUUGGUGCCCAAAGAGCAGGAUCUUCUGCUGUCCCUGGAUUCUUUGCCUGCAGAGCUAAAAGAUAUUCAGCACUUAACCCAGGGGUUUUUUUCUGUCCUUUUAGUAACAGCACCUUUUCAACAAGGGUGCAGGCACUUUGGGAAUGCCCAUGGAACACUGUCCCCUAUGAGAGAAGAGGCCCAGUGGGCUAGGACUCCAGAGCUGAGAAAGUCAACGUGCCUGGGGGCUCCUGGAAGAGUCCCUGCCAGCCUCUGGGAGUCCCUGUGUCCCCUGGCAGCACCCGUGCUGCUCUCGCGUGGCCUGUCCCCCUCCCGUGGGUGCUGGUGGGGCUGUGUGGGGCUGUGUGGGGCUGGAGGGCGGUCACCGGUCCCGAGGGUUCUCCAUCCUCUGCAGUGAUGCAAUCCAAGUUCCAUGGUCACUUUCCCAUUCCCAAGAUGACAUACCAGUAGCAAAACAAUUUCCCCCCCCUUUCCCAGUGCCCAAAGACGGGGAUGAAGGGAUCUUAGCAAGUGCACCAGCAACGUGUCCUGGAGCAGCACUGUCUUGGGAGCCGCUGUCACACCAGAGUCAAUCUGUUCUAGGCUUCCCAUGGAAAUGUAGCAUUUUGACUCUUUCUUAUUGAAUAUUUGGGGUCACAUUUGACCUGCUCUUGAAACGUCCGCUGCUUGCUCUUCACCCAGAACUUGCAAUUAGUCCAUGUGUUUGUUUUGUCAGUGCUUGGGUUUGAUUUAGGCAGCUCUCCUUCUCCUUUCCUUUUUUAUUUUCUUCCAUCUCUUCAAGCACUGCAGCGUGGGCAGCUGGGGAGAGAGGGGCUGGGCAGGAUCAGCCGUGUCCCUGGGUCCCACAGCCACUCUCCAAGUCACCCUUGAUCCGCUAUAAAUGGUCUCAAAGUUGGUCUCUUCAGCUGAUGGGAAGUGUCUCUCUGGGCCACUGUGUGCUGGGGGAGAAGAAGAGGAGUCCUGGGACCUUCAGCUGUGAGACUCCAUGCAAAUGGUGCUGAGACCCCUCCAGGUGUGAUCUGGAACAGAAGGGCUCCUGUUUGGCUUUUGGUGCCCUUGCACAGGACGUGGUUAUUGAGCUCGUAAGGAAACAUCUUAAUGAAGGCCUCCUGUCCUCAUCUGCUCCGUUCCCUCACGCUAAGUCAUUCCUCCUGCUUGGGGGACACUGGGAGCAGAGCUGCUACCCAGAAGAUCUGAAAGCAGCGUGGAGGAUGGAGAGCCCUGUCUCUCUCAGCGCUGCCCCGGAGAGCAGAGGUGGUGGUGAGCUCAGAAGAUCCCUGCUGGAGGGGAAGAGGAGCAAUGGCUGCCCCAUAGGACCAGGUACAGCCACCACCAUCUGCUCUUGCUCUGCAGUUGGGUGCAGUCGAGCCAAGCUCUGCCUGGGCACCAGCAGAACGGGCAGAGGGGCGUGAUUCAGACUGUGCCAGCCAUGGGCAUCCACAGGAAGCUGAGCCCACAGGCAACUCCUUCCCUGGGUUCUUUUGACCUCCAAGAGAGCAGAGCAAACUGGAGAGGACAGCCAAGGUGCUUCUCUGGAGCCCCAGUCUCCGCUGGGCCUGAGCUCUGCCCAGGGACCAGCUACCAGGAGAACCAGUCCCACUGGAAGGGUGAUGGGAGACACGAGGGACUCUGUCAUGCACUCACCAGCUUCUUGAGCAUUGGUUCCUCAGCCUCUGGGGCUGACUUGGCCAUUGGAGUACAAACCUUCUGGAUUCAUCUGGGUGAGAGAGUUACAGGGUUUGGAGGUGGUCAAGGGCUAUUUACUGUUAAAACUUAGAACCUUCUUCUUGUUUUCCUUUCAAACCAAACCAAACCCAAAGCGUUGUGUGUGUACGUGUGGAUGGGUGUUUGUGGAAGUGCCACAACGCCGUUUCCUCUACUGUUGGUGUGUUGCUGUUUUAACAUGGUGGUCUCUGUGGCUGUGGAGGCGGCAGGCUCUGGUCCCAGGGUCUCGGGUGAUGUGUCCUCUGUGAGCAGAAGGUGGCUCUGGUCUCAGCAGGGAAACCAGAAGGAAGGUUUCUUGCUGCAGCCCUGGCCUUGGCGGGUCCUCCAUCUCCACAGAGCGUUGGUUGGGAGUCCCCCCUCAGGGGGAAGCUGUGACCAAGGCAGAAGCACCAAAGUUUUUUCAUCCUUUCCCUGUUCCCCGACCAAACUUCUCAUGGGGAUGUCUCCUGCCGUGUCACCGAGAAGCUGGAGAGGACAAUGGGGUCGUGUCUGGCCUACAAAUUCCUCUUUCUGAGAGGGCUUUCCGAGAGAUGUGACUGCAGCCAAAACUUCUAGGUCCAUGAAGAAUUUUUUCAAAUCAAACAUUGUUUUUGAGUGGAGGCCCCCAAGCCUGUCCCCCUGCCGUUCCUUCCCCUGCUGCUGCAGACAGUGUUGGCAGGGCUUAGUUGGAGCUGUGGGACACGUCCCGCCACAUGCUCCAGCCUCGGGCAUGGGGUGUCUUCUGGGGCAGCUGAUCUGCAGGUGACUCCGGGUGCACGGGAGCAGUUGGAGCCUCUUAGGAAGGUGUUUCUCUCUCCUGGUGGAAACGGGCAGCAUCCUGGGGGUAUGAGGCUGAGGUCUCCGUGUCCGUGCGAGCAGCCAGCCUGCAGCUCAGCCGGGAGCACGGCCAGAGCUGCCUGUCGCUGCCGCCCUCCCAUGAGUUCCACGUCCAUCACAAGCACCUUUAGAAAAGAAAAACCCUCCAAAUGGUCUCAGAGGGUUUAGGGCUUGGGGCAGCUGCCACUCGCAGAGGCAAAUCUGGGGACGUGAGUGCAAUGAGGGGCGAUGGAGAAGAGGAAGGAGCCUGAGGGGGAUGUGCUUCUGCUCCUCCAUUCCUCACUCCGUGCCCUCCCGAGGGGACCCCGUGGGGCAGAGGAGAGGGAGAGACCCGGGGGCUGCAGCCGGGCUCCCUUCCUCCAAUCCCCCCCUUCCCUCUGGGGCCUGAGGCUCACCCGCCCUUGGAGGGAGGAAAGGGGGGGCGUGUUGGGGAAGGAACAUUACGAUAACAAAAGCUUUUUUGCACUUUCAUUCAUUUUGCACUCGUUUUUAAUUUAUUUAUUCCGCCUUUUUGACAUUGGCUCCUCCUCUUUGUGUUUUCAUAACAAAAAUACUUUCGUUGUAGCCAGUGAAGCUAUUCUGGAACUUUGUGUCCUGAGUAUACAGAGGUUUAAAGGUCCUAUAUAUAUAAAUUUAUACCUGUAUAAAAGUAAAUUUAUAUAUAUAGAUCAUGGUGUGAUGUGUUUUGUCAGUGUUUUAAAAUAAUAAACGAAUGUGAGCAAUG